GCUUUGUGUCCUUUUCUACACCACCGGCGCGUGGCUGCGUGGCGAUGGCAAGCUGCAAUGGUCAGCAUUCCAGGCGAUGACGGAUCCCUGGGCCGCUUCGAGUUCGUGGCCGCCUGCGAGGCCUUGUUGUCGGACGCGCCGGGCUGCGCCAGUGUCUCGGAUCUCCACGAGCUCUUCGACAUUUUGGACCCGCAAUGCACUGGACACGUGAGCCUGGAGGAGUUUUCUCGGCUACUGGAGGCCUAUCGCCAGGUCCCGAAAGCCGUUGACGGGCAUUCGGCUGCCGUGCGGCUGCUGGAAGAGCAACGGGGGCUGCCGCCCAGUCCAAGCGUUCGAGGAGGAGGGGGCUUGGUGUUGAGCCCCUUGGCCGGACUACGUGCUUGGAUGCUGCAACAUGGAUGGAUCUUCCACGACUUGGAGGCGCUGCUGGGAGAUCCCCGGGCAGAGCUGGAUUGGAAUGACUUUGCGGGUCGACUGCUGACGCGAGUUCGAACUCCGUGGCUGACACGCCAGGGUGUGGCCGAGAUCUUUGCUCAGCUUCAGGUCCGAGCCUCUGGCUCUUUGCCAGGCCAGAUGCAGCCAGUGGUUCGAGUGCCUGACUUGGUCCAAGCCCUUUUGGGCUCAGAGGACUUCGCAUUGGAGGCUGCGCGACGGGUGCUCCGUGUAGUGGCACGAGAAGCAGGGCAUCGAGAGCAAGAUGUUGGCAAACUCUGCCUUGCAGCCGACACAAGACGUGUCGGCAGCCUGAAUCUCAAGCAGCUGUCGUCGGUGCUCUUGGCCUUGUGCCCAGGGAUGUUGGCAGAGGCAGAUGUCGGCCUCAUCUUUUGGCGCUUCUCUGGAAGCGGAGGCUUUUCCUACGAGCAGCUACAGGCUGCUUUGAAAGAGGAGCAGAAUGCUGCUGCAGAGCAUUUGCUGUUGCGCGGAAUGCCAGAACUCAUUAGCAAAGCUGCAGAGUUCCAGGCGGCCGCCAAAGUGCAUGACGCUGCUCGCAGUGGAUCGUUGUCAGCUACCCAGCUGAGCGCGGCGUUGAGCCAGCUGAACUUGUUCGCACAAGGGGACCGGGCCGAGUUGGAGAACUUCGUCGCACUGCUGGCGCCGGCCUGUAAGCGGAGUGCGGCGAACUUCGACUAUGCCACCCUGGUGCCUGGUGGCGUGUGGAAGGGACCUUCAGUGGAAGAGGCCGUUCGCCGUGUCUGUGGAGACCCAGAAGAGCCUCCGCCGCCCAACAAGCCAGCGAAGAGGCACUUGUUGGCCAUCCUCUACUACAAGACGGCUGAAGCCAGCAAGAAGUUGGGCUUGUCCCGACAGCGGGCGUUCGAGGGCUUGGACCGUGGGAACAAGGGCUUCCUCACCGCGGAGGACUUGCGAGCAGCGGUCCUUCAAGUGGUGGGUGGCGAUGAGACGCUCACGCUGAAAGAAUUGGGUUUGCCCCCUGCGACGAGGCUGAACUUUCCUGACUUUGAGAAGCGCUUGAACUUUGAUUUCACCGUCUUGGGCAAACACAUCGACCAGGUCUUUGGUGACCAAGCUGUCAUCCCUGAGUCUGACUUUGUGAGCCGUUUGUACCAACUGGCUGGCAUCGACCGGGCAACGUCACAAACCUGGAUUCAGCUCAUGUACCCUGAGGGCUUGCCUGAGGAGGGCCUCAGCCGGGGCGCUUGCGACAUCUUCUUGGCCACCACGCCAUCUGCGGCCAGUGUUGUGGCCGAAGGUGCUCAGAUCGUCCGUCCAGGCCCUGACCUGCGCGCAGAGCUGCUGAAAGAUGCGGAGGUGGCGGGAACCGCUGGACGACUGCCAAGCUGGGUAGCCUCCUCACGGGCACGCAGCUUGUUGAAAAGCCGCAUGUCCGAGAAGGAUGCGGAGCAAAUGCUACAGUUGAUCUCUAAGGCAUCCGCGAAAUAUCCACCUCCUACACCAGAGGAUGUGAUUGCCGGGGUCACUCCAGGCAAGGCAGAUGCAGAUCCCCCACUUCGUUCAGAGACGUUGCUGGUCUGCACCGAACGUGCCAAAGCAGUGGAACAUGUCUUGGAGGUGAGCAUCAAGUCCGUGGAGGGCUUCAGCAAGGCGUCCGAAGUCUUUCUUCGCUACUUCUGCCAUGGCACUGCCUGUGUGGCUGACGUGCCAGUGGCGGAGGGCGUGGACUUCCAAGCCACCCAUGUCUUCGGGCUCACGGCCGUCGAUGGCCUGGAGCAGCUCUUUGAACAUCGCGAGCAUGCCGUGACCAUCCAGGCUUGGAUUGCUGUGGCCAAGCAUGAGCUCCGGCGGCCCCUGAGCGUGGCGGUGCUCCCCGCGGCGGAGCUCCGCGACUUCCUGCGCGCGGCGUUUCCGCCGAAGCCACGGCCUGAGGCCGUGCUGGGCUCUCAGAAGAAGUGGACCUUGAGCUUUGAGGUUCGCACGGUGGAGCCGAAGGCAAAGAAGCCGCCCGCUGAGGCGGUGGAAGGCAGCCUCGAGCUCGUGGUCCACUACCGCCGUCGGCCAGCGGAGGUGCACCGGAGUCCCCUCCCGUGGAACAGCUCCUUUGCCGGGCGGCUGGUGGUGUGCCGCCCAGGGGUCGCGACGGUGAGUGGGACUGAUCCAGAGGAAGCACCUAGCGGUCUGAUGCGAGAAGUGAAACCAGCGCCACCACCACCUGGCUCAGUGAUCUUUCAGGUGAAGCUCCAGUCGUUGCUUUUACAAGCGGAGGCCUUACGAGGCCUGGCCGCCAGGUGUUUGCAAGGGCAAGUGCUGCCCGCUCCAGGCUCUGCCGGUGGAUUGGCCACCAAGGCGCCACAGCUCUUUGCGCGGCUCUGCCUCUUUCCUGGGAAGCCCAAGAUGCAGGUAGCCGGCUGCUGUGGGUGGGUGGAAAGCCCCCUGAAGCCAGUGCCCGAGACACUCUUGUUGCCGGCGAGUGCUGCUGGUGCUUCCAAGGGGCCGGAUGCCGAGGUGCGCUUCGACUUCGCCUGGAGCUCGCCGGCCUUGGAGCCUGCGCUGGCCGUGGAGGCGCUCCAGGAUGGCCACUGCACCUUUGAGGUGUGGAUCCGACAUCCGGCCGCCGACCUGCGGCUUUCUGAGACGCAGUGUCCCUUGCAAGGUCUCUUGGAAGCCUUGAGCCCCGAAGAGACCAACGAGCUGCGGCUGCGCACCCUGCAGCCCUGCAAGCUUGAGCUGUCCGGAAGCUUGGAGCGAGAAGGAAAGCCCUUAGCGCAGCUGAAAGCCCUGGUGGAGCUGCAGCUGCCCAAUGGGCCUGGCAUGCUGAGCUGGUUAGUGGAGAAGAAGAAGCCUAAGGACCCUGAGCCACCCAUGAGGGCAGACUAUCACCUGCAGCUGAAAGAGGUGAUCCUCUCGGGUGACUUCGUUGCCCACUUGGCCAACGAGGAGGACCUCGGUGCCUUCGGCGCAGGAGGACGUUCCGAGGAGUGGAGUCCACGAGCCCACCGAGCAGGUCUUCUACCUCGAGCGAAGAGCAAAGAGUUACCACUCUUCUAUCUCGAAAUGGAACAAGGGAGCAGCACCUUUCGUUCGGCGCCCUUGCGCGGCGCCUUCGACGGCUUCCGCUGGAUCCGCAUCGCGUGUCCGGAAGACACCGCGCUUCCAUUGCCGGGCCGCCUGGUGGUGAAUGGCGGCCCCGAAGGCGAAGAGACCCGGAAGAGAGACGCCCAGCUGCUGCGUGGUGAUGCACACAGAGUGGACCUGAAACUGGUGCAGAUUGGAUCCACCAGCCAGGUGGCGGCUCAAGCAGAGAUCCAGCUCCCCAUCGGCUGGUACGUGGAGGGAGUUCCUGCGAUCCACUUCGGUGGACAUCUGUGGGCCACGCUGCGGCACGUGUCACCGGAGCGGCCCUGGAGCUCAGUGGUCGGAAGGGCCUUGAUGCGCUUGGAGGCCAUGAGACCGCGUGGGGGUGCUCCACGCCUUUGGAGGCGGGUUCCCUUGGCUCCUGCUGCAAUCUUCUUGCCGCUCUACAAGGAUUGGCUGCCGACCAAGGUGCCCUCGGAGCUACCCGCUGGGCCCAACAAGUGGCCCUUGGAGGAUGCUGUGAGGCUCGUCGCAGGCGAAGAGCUUUGGAAGCGCCUCAUGGCUGCAGAGGCCCGGCGCAACGCCUUGCCCAGCGGCGCUUUCCAGGCGCUGCUGCGCCAGGCCGCCGAGCAGCUGCCCGGCACACCGCUGUGGGCCACGCCGGCCUCGCCGCAGGGGGAUAGCGCGGAAGGGCGGAUGCGCGUGCUACAGGAAGACCUGGCAUUCCUUUCCGCAACCAUUGCUCCGAUGAUGGCAGAUGCAGAGAUGCUGCUUCCUUACAGGCAGCUGCUUCUUUGGAUGAGUCUUCGUGCUCUCGCACGCUGGGUCCUGCCAGUGGCGGAAGGUCUUCUGGAGUGUCUGAGCCGCCUGGACGGCGAGGAGCGAGGCAGCGAAAGCAGCAGGAUGGGCAGACGAGUUGCGGCUCCUCGUGAGGCUUCUGGAGCCGUCUCACUGGGGGCGUUCCAAAGCGUGCUGCAGGCAGAGCUUGCUCGUGCUGGUCUUGCAGAUCUACCUGCCGCGCUCUGGCAAUUGAUCACUGACCGGCCCGAAUGGCAAGCGGGAGGUCCGCAUUUCGACUACCUUCUCUUUCUUUGGGAUCUUCAAGCAGCUUGCGGCGAGUCAGUGCGCUUGCAAGGCCGAGACGGAGUGCCUAGAGGACCCGCACUGGCACUGCCCAGAUGGGCUGAGGAGACGGCUUCCAUGGGCACUCUAGCCUUGACCAUUCAUGAGGCCUUACACCUGCCGCAGAUCACUGGCCACCUGCCGCCGAACGCCUUUGUCAGCUAUGCCUGGAGGUGUGAAAAGGGCCUCAGUCUUCCGCUGGUUGCAGGCUCCAAAGAUUCACUGGGCUCGACGAAGGUGGUCGACAGGUCUUGCUCCCCUUCCUGGAGCCAUUCCGUCUCUUUGGAGCUACCUGAGGUCACUUGCGGAGACCGUCGCAUCAGCUAUCCGGAGGCCUUCCGGCAGCUCUUCUUGGAGCUUUGGGUAUGGCAUGCUGGAAGGACGCAGAGCGAAGACUUGCUCAUGGGUGGCUCGGAAAUCUCCCUGGUCCCGUUGAAGUCUGGCUAUGACGUGGAUGGCUACUUCCACAUCCUACCAGCAGAGGAUCUCCCCAGCGAGUUGAGCGAGUCCGGCACGCUUUCUUCUCUCCCGCGGUCACGUGGGCAACUGCGAGUGUCGGUGUCAGCUUCGUUGGAGCGAAUGACAUCACCUCGAGGACAACGCCCAGCCCGUGUGGAGGAGCCAACGGGGCACGUGACCGGGCACUACUGGCCUUUCCGGCCAGCACCUGGAAAGGGUCCGGUGUCGAGUCCAAGGCGCCCAGUGCUGACGAUGAACCCCUUGGCCGAUGUCAAUGCCAUGCAACCGAGAUUCCCGGAGCCAGCGCCACCAAUCAUGAUACCUUCAUGGCAGCGGCCUCUGGAACCUCCUCUGCCCGAUACCUGGGGAUGUCCCAGAGGACCUCUGGCCCAACAACUUUGGACUUUAGGUCUCAGAAGUGCCGAUCGCACCGAGCUCCCUGGCGUGAAGGACGACGUGAGUGAAACCGCUCUCCGGGCAGCCAGCAAGCUCUCCGAGACGGAGGUGCAGCUGCGGUCGUUGGCCGGAGACGAAGAGGAACAACUUCGACAAUUGAGAGCCAGACACCAAGAAAACCUGGAGAGUCUGGGGCUCUUGCAGAAAUCCAUGCUAGCCCCAGAUCCCAUCUCAACUCUCCCAUCUCUGCCGCUGCCGGAACACCGCCGAGCAGCGCUGGACGACUUGCAAGCAGCCGCGACGGGCGCGGCGGCGCCGUUGGAGGUGACGGGCCUGUCCUCGGGGCCGCUGCCGCGCGCAGCGCGCGUGCACGAGCCGGCCAGCACGGGCAGCGCUGGGAGCGAGGCAGUCCAGUUGUUGGUCACUGCAGGACCACUGCCACCACCCUCAAGGGACCAUGAAGAGGUGGAGGAUGGUGCAGGCGAUGGAAGGAAGCUGGUUCUUCAAAGCUGGAAAGACAGCACUCCCUCAGACAAGAUCUGAUGGAA